AAUUGGAGUAUUCGUUUUAUUCCUGAUGGGUAGGAGGAACUAAUUUGGGUACAUUCACUGGGAACAGGCGAGUAUAACAAGGAAACCGUGAGCCGCAGUCAGCACGCCUUGGUACGCACCCUCGAUGCCUGUGAAAUGUUCGCGCCCGAGCUUUACCCAUACCAGAAUUCUCCGCUGAAGAUGGACCAGACUAUGGCGGAAAGCUUGUAGAUUCUGACACCAGCUGGAAAAGCGCACGUUGCGGUGAAUAUAAAAUAUGAUUGUCAAAAACGAUUCAUGGCGUAGCAUUUUCAAGUUUCUUCAUUAUCAUAAAUGGAAGACGUCAAAAAGUGUUUUGUGUAACUGCAAGCCGCGUUUGUAGAAUCAGAAUGCGAAUGCGGUGAUGCGAAAAACGUUAAACGCGUCCGCGUGUGCGGCGCUAUUGGAAGAAGUGAAUUGGAGCGAUCCAGGACUACUAACUUCGCUUUCGAUCCUCGCUUUAAUUAAUGUUAUGGUUAUUGUCGGUAACUGUCUUGUGAUUGCCGCGGUCUUCUGUUCGUCGAAAUUAAGAUCUGUGACAAACUUAUUUAUUGUGUCGCUUGCCGUCGCUGAUCUCCUAGUUGGAUUAGCAGUGCUUCCCUUUUCUGCAACUUGGGAGAUAUUUAAGGUCUGGAUAUUUGGAGAUACUUGGUGCAGUAUUUGGUUAGCUCUCGACGUUUGGAUGUGUACCGCAUCAAUUUUAAAUCUCUGUGCGAUUUCCCUUGACCGUUACGUCGCCGUUACCAGACCCAUCACCUACCCGAGCAUAAUGUCUCACUCGAGAGCGAAGCUUUUGAUUGCCGGAUUGUGGGUUCUCAGUUUUGUUAUAUGCUUCCCGCCGUUAGUUGGAUGGAAAGAUAAACAGAGUGAGGACGAAAGUGGCAACGUAACGCUUCCGGAAGAUCCUCCUUGUCCAUGGAAAUGCGAGUUGACAAACGAAGCAGGUUACGUUGUCUAUUCGGCGUUAGGCUCGUUUUACAUACCAAUGUUCGUUAUGCUGUUUUUCUACUGGCGAAUUUAUCGUGCGGCAGUAAGGACGACUCGUGCUAUUAAUCAAGGAUUUAGGACUACCAAAGGUACACGAGGAUUGGGCAACCGAUUCGAUGAGCAACGGCUUACACUGCGGAUACACCGUGGUAGAGGGUCCUCCACCAAGCACCUCCACGGAUCGCCCCACAGCACCGGUAGCAACAGCACCACAACAACAACAGGAAGUGCAUCCCCUAGUCCUCGUGGAAAGCACGAACGUGUAAAAAUUAGUGUUAGUUAUCCAUCGACCGAGAACGUAUCAUCUAAUUCGGCGCCCCACUUACUCGCCGUCAGUCCAACGUCUCCAAUCGCCCAAGCGAGCUACGCCGUGCACUACACGACCAAUGGAAAGGAUAUCACAUCAACCAAUUUGUAUCGUAGAGAGAACCACUUACGGGUACAAAAUCGUUUGGGUUCGCAAAACCACAAACCUAUCAGACGGUCGAGCUUUGGGGGGCACAUGGAAAGGGUCCGCGAUCCCAGUCCUAGCCCGAGUGCGUUCGAGGACGGCUUUCACAAACCGAAAGUGAUGUCGAAACGCAUGGGAAAACGUAACAUUAAAGCUCAAGUGAAACGUUUUCGAAUGGAGACUAAGGCCGCAAAGACGUUGGGUAUAAUCGUGGGUGGUUUCAUUUUCUGCUGGCUCCCGUUCUUUACGAUGUACCUGAUACGGGCGUUUUGCGGGGGAUGCAUUCAUCCGCUACUAUUUUCUAUACUGUUCUGGUUAGGCUACUGCAAUAGUGCAAUUAAUCCGUUGAUUUACGCCUUAUUUUCGAAAGACUUUAGGUUCGCGUUUAAGAGAAUUAUAUGCAAAUGCUUCUGUAAAGGGGACGGAUCGCAGAGUUCCCGGAGAGGUUCGGAUGGAUCUCAACUUGCCGGAAGGCAUUUCCGUUCGCCUAGUUAUAACACGACACAACACGCGAAUUCGCUAGGAGAAGAAAGUGAUCCAGGGGGAGAUCCUUCGGACUCGAGGUGACCAAACAAGAAAAAUCGGUCCGUUGCUCAAAUGUAUCUCGACAACAAUUCGCCGUUUAAAAUGGCGAUGUACUUGUACGGAUGACAGGAGCAUGAGUGUUAAUGACUGUAGCUAGAUUUAUUACGUGUUUUUAAUAUAUUUAUGCAUUUACGGAGAGGGAAAAACUAACGACUUAUUAAACCUGUAAUUAUAAA